AUUGCUGAAUUUUACGAAUCAAUUAAUUGAUUUAAUUUUAAGACAACAAUGCCCAUUAACAUGUUGCUACUUUUCACAAAACGCCUCUGGUUUGCUUGAAGGUGGUUCGGAACGAGGACAACUGUACAAUUUCUCAAGAGGUUUUAUCGUUCAUGAGAAAGUUGAGAGUCGAGAGUCCAGAAUCGACAAUCCAUGGUGUAGCCUCGCCUCCCCGUUCUCAGACAGUGUCUGCCGAAUCGAAUCUUAAAGAAGCAAGCUUCGGAGUAGAAAAUCAUGGGGAGCGAGAGAAGGUCAAGGGAAAGGGAUGAGAAGAAGAGCCAGAAGAGGAAUAGAAGUUCUCCUUCUGAUUCCAAAGAUGGGAGGCACAGCAAAAGGCAUAGAACUGACGAUAAUGAAGGGACAAAGCUGUCAAAGAGCAGAAACAGCGAUAGGAAAGAGAAGCGAAAGGAUAAGAAAUCUCACAGGCGCUCCAAACUCCACUCUGAUAAAGAAAUUGCCUCAGAAAAGAAGUCAGAUAAGAAGCACAAACGGAACCGCCACAAACAUGAUCAUAGUUCAAAAAUUGAGUUUCAAGAGCUGUCUGAGGUUGACUAUUACUCGAAGAAUCAUGAGUUCGCUACAUGGCUGAAAGAUGAGAAAAAUAUGUUCUUCAAUGAGCUUCCAUCGGAGUCUGCACGGGAACUGUUUGCAGACUUUGUCAAGGACUGGAAUAACCAUAAGCUCAACUCCAAGUACUACAAGGGCAUUUCAAAUGCACCACGAACAGGCCAUAACUGGAAAAUAAAGUAGUACAGAAGCUUUCCUGGAGGGGUGGCAUGAAAGAAUGUCAAUAUGAUGAUGGAUUUCGUCAACUUGUUCAUGUGCUUAGAAUUGGAUUUAUGUUUCAUUGAAUUUAUGAUAAUGUAUCUUUUGUUUAGGCUUUGUUUGUUUCACUGUCCUUGACAGAAGCAUUCCUGGAGGGGUGGCAUGAAAGAAUGUCAAUAUGAUGAUGGAUUUCGUCAACUUGUUCAUGUGCUUCGAAUUGGAUUUAUGAUAAUGUAUCUUUUGUUUA